GGCGGCCCCCCGCGGGCUCCUCUCGCGUCCCUCCUGAAGGGAAGGGUGGGCGACCGUCUCGGCGGCGAGCCCCGAGGGGCAGUGAGGCUGCCAGGAGAGGGUUGAGAGCGCGUUAGGGUGACUUAUGAGGAAUUGCCUUCCCUGGAGCCUGGACCUGGGGGGUUUUGUGGCCUAGCAAGAAGCAGUUUCCUUUCCCGAGCUGUUGGCAUCUUCUUGCGUGGAUUCAGUCGUUCUCAAAGGAAUGGAGGAAUGUCGCUGAUAAGUCCUUAACCACCCUGUGCUCCCAUAGGCAACACCAGAAGCUGGCUUCAUCUUCUCCGCUUUGGCACUCUGGGGGUAGAUCUGUCUUUGUUACGUGUGCUUGAUAACCUCUUCAGUGGCACUAUAGACCAGAGGAGAUGGAAGAGAAGGAGCGAUGUGAUAAAUUUCAGCUGGUACACUGAGACUAGGGGGAUUUGUAUCUUUCGAUAUUUUUUUCUUUUUUUUUUUUUUUUCUCAGUAGGGGAUAGGGAAGUAUCGCAUUUUAUGGGGUAUGGGAGGAGGGAGGAAAAAUGUGAUGCAGAUCUUUAUGUGGUUUUUAAAACCAGCUAUCAGAGGCAAUUACUGAAUAAACUGAAGCACAAGAGGAGGGUUUGUGAGCUGGAAGCAGCACUAGCCUACAAAAGAAAGGGGCAGUGGUCUGCUGUUGUGACUGUGGAGGAAGAAUCUUCAGCCUUCUUCGUUUCUCACCACCUGCUCCCCAUCCACCUUGUGAGAAAAUGAGUUGUGUGCCAUGGAAAGGUGACAAGAUCAAAUCAGAAUCGCCAGAGCCACCCCAGCCACCACCACUGCAUAUUUACCAUGAGAAGCAGCGAAGGGAGCUGUGUGCCCUCCAUGCCCUCAACAAUGUCUUCCAGGACAGCAACGCCUUCACUAGGGAAACCCUGCAGGAGAUUUUUCAGAGGCUGUCUCCCAACACCAUGGUGACACCCCACAAGAAGAGCAUGCUAGGAAAUGGAAACUAUGAUGUGAACGUGAUCAUGGCUGCGCUUCAGACCAAAGGCUAUGAGGCGGUUUGGUGGGACAAGCGCAGGGAUGUUAACGUCAUAGCCCUGUCUAACGUGAUGGGCUUCAUCAUGAAUCUGCCCUCCAGCCUUUGCUGGGGCCCCUUGAAGCUCCCCCUCAAGCGACAGCACUGGAUCUGCGUCCGGGAGGUAGGAGGCACCUAUUACAACCUCGACUCCAAACUCAAGGUGCCCGAGUGGAUUGGAGGAGAAAGUGAGCUCAGGAAAUUUUUGAAACACCAGCUGAGGGGAAAGAACUGUGAACUCCUGUUGGUGGUGCCAGAGGAGGUGGAAGCACACCAGAGCUGGAGGGCUGACGCGUGACCCAAACUGA